CGUCGACCAUGUUCCGUCUUAAACCAAGAGGAAACCGUCCCGAGCUGUUUCAAUGUUUGCUCUGGAGAUUGGACUGGGUGGAAGCUCAUCAGUUGCAGUUCGAUCUCCGUAAUGGCGAGUCAAGUCCGUGUUCCAUCUCCAAGAAUAAAGAAGCAGCUCAGUGGGCAACAGAGAAUAGAGGAGCUUGAACAAGAGGUCUCCAUGCUUCAUAAAAUGUUAGAACAUGAAGAAAAAGUUCACCAGAUUCUGGAGUCUGCAAAUAAUCGACAUGAUUGUUCCACCAUUCAUAUCCCAAGCUUCCUUCCACCAAAGAUGAAGGAGCUAUUAGCAGAACUGGCUAUGGUUGAGAAUGAGAUAGCAAGGCUAGAAGGUGAAAUAAGCCAUCUCAAACGUGAUUUGAGUCGAGAGCAGGAAGUUUCUGUGGAACCAAGAUCCAAACAAGGGGCGCAAACAACUCUAAGCAACAAUAAUAGACUGUCCACCUCACUCCCAAAUUACUCAAUGGCCCUACCCAACAAUGCCUUAUUCCAUGAGAGGCUAGCAUUAGAGACCAAGGCUUUGCAUUUCAUAAGCAAGGCUAUAAAAGGUGAUUACACACUUAACCACUUCAACACCCAUGAGAAAAUGAAGACUUCAACAACCAUGGAUCAGAAAGAAAAUCAUAACCAUGAAGAGGUUAUAUCUCAAGAGGUCUUGAUGAAGAGAAGUGGUUUAUUACAGAAGCCAUCCUCACCCAGUCUACAGCCAAGGCACCCAAUAAGCAAGCCAGGAGAGCACUACCCAGAUGUUUCCUCAGGUCCUCCAUCAAAAUCUUUGUCCAAUACAGAUCUGUCAGAAGAAAGCAGUCAAAAAUGGCAACCCAACAAGAUAUCUGAGAGCAUAAUGAAGUGUUUGAUCUUUAUCUUUGUGAGGCUAAUUAGAACAUCAAGAGCCAUGGAACUGGAAAAGUCAAGCACAGUUUCUAGAUCUAACCACUCAUCUUUAAGCUUGAGAAGCUUUAGGAUGGAAAGCAUCUUAAGCCCAAAAGCGAGCCUUUCGUCACAGAAGGAAUCAAAGCAACAAGAUCCCUAUGGUAUCUUCGACAAUGAAGAUUCUAUUCCAAGGGAUAUUGGCCCUUAUAAGAAUUUGGUUAGGUUCGCAGCAAAUUCGCUGGACCCGCGAAGCAUAUCUAGUUCUAGCUCUGUUCCUCUUCUACAAAAACUAAGGGUAUUGAUGAAAAAACUCCAUGAUGUGGAUUUGAGGUUCUUGACUGACCAACAGAAACUAGCUUUCUGGAUCAACAUGUAUAAUGCUUGUAUCAUGCAUGGAUUUCUCCAGUAUGGAGUACCUUCUAGUCCUGAAAAAUUGCUUUCAUUAAUGAACAAGGCAACCCUUAACAUAGGAGGCAACAAAAUAAAUGCUCAAGCAAUAGAACAUUUCAUUCUAAGGCAACAAUCAAGUUAUAAGUUAAAAGAUAUAAACUGGAAGGUCGAGAAGGAUGACAAAGAAGCCACUGUACGCAGUAUUUAUGGACUUGAUUCUCCUGAGCCAAAUGUAACAUUUGCUCUGUGUUGUGGGACACGAUCUUCCCCAGCUGUGAGGAUAUAUACAGCUCAAAGUGUCUCAACUGAGUUGGAGAAAUCAAAAGUAGAGUACCUACAAGCUUCACUCGUAGUGACAACCUCCCGAAGACUUUUCAUUCCAGAGCUUCUUCUUCAAAACAUGCUUGAUUUUGCAGGAGAUGUGGAGUCAUUGGUUGAGUGGAUUUGCCACCAGUUACCAACAUCUGGGUCCCUAAGAAAAUCAAUAGUAGAAUGCCUCAGGUUUCAUAAUAGUGGGAAAGUAUCAGACAUUGUUGACAAGAUGCCGUAUGAUUUUGAGUUUCAGUAUCUGUUGUCCAUAUAAUA